GCUGAGGGGCCUCCCUGGGAUCCCCGCCUCUGCCCCCAGAGCUCCAAGUGCAGCACAGGCUGAGCCUUGCGCUUCCCCUUUCCCACAGCUGGCGAGGUGACCCCCGCUGACCCAUCCCUGGCCCUUCUCUCUGGAAAUUUCCUUUGGGAGGGUUUGGAAACCCAGCCGGCCCCUCCCUCCCCACGCACCUCCUCCCUGCUCUGCGGGAGCCCCUGCGUCCCCACCACAGCUUUUCUUGUGACCAGGGUAAAUAUUACCUGGCACUGUUAAUGUUUAAUGCCCGCACCUCGUCCCGGCCACCUGCGGCACACGCAGAGGCGGCAGGAAGCGGCGGAGGAGCCCGGUGGGCUGGGGAGAUGGCAGGGCUGCCGGCUGGGGAUGACGGUGGAAGCCCCAAAGGGGAAGAGGACCCAUUCCACUAUGGCAAAAGAUUCCGCUGUGGGGGGCAUAAGAAACGCAGGCAACUCGGUGAAGACGAGCUGUGACAGCAGACUCAGCUGAGGACCCCCAUCUACGCCGGACCGCCGACCCACCUCCUGUCUGCCAGGCUCAGCCUGAUCAAUCGUGGUGGGCUUUGCCUCCUGCCCGCACCACCUCCUGCCGGUAAUAAAGCUGGCUUCAGAAAUGGC